AUGCAAGAACAUGACUGUUGGAGGCUAAUCAGGACUGAAAAGAAUGCCUCUCAGUGGUCUAAAGACAAAAUAUCGGAGCUUUUCUUAAAUUUAAAGCUGGACGACGACAUCGGUUGCUGCGAAAUUACAGAAAUCACUAGUUGCGAAGGCGAAGCUGUAGUUAAUAACAGAAAAGCGAAAUUGAUAUUUUUUUACGAAUGGGUUAUUAAAAUGAAAUGGAAAGGAUAUGUAAGUGGAAGUUCAGAAGAAGUGAAGGGGAAAAUUGAAAUUCCUAAUCUUAGUGAAGAACAUGAUCCUAAGGAUGUUGAUAUAAAUAUAUCAAUAAAAACCAAUAACCCAGAAUCUGAAAUUCUAAAAGAAUACAUGAGAUCAAAGGGAGCAGAAAUAAUUAGAGAAAAAUUAGCAAUAUAUAUUUCCUCGUUGAAAGAAGAAUUUUCUCAAGGAAUGAUAUUACCAACUAAAGAUAAUACUGCUCAGUUAAAUGUGAAGCCAACGGUAAAAAAACCUACUGCGCCCCAAAACAAUCAGAUAUCGGCCAAACCGGCGAGUAACGUUGGCGUUCCAAUGGAAAUGACCAAACUUUCGAGUACGGAAAGUUUCAAGUGCACUGCUGAAGAAUUUUUUAAUGCAAUGACCAUUAAAGAGAUGGUGCAGGCUUUCACUCAAGGACCUGUUGUACUGCAGCCUGAAAAGGGAGGAAGAUUCGAAUUCUUUGGAGGGAAUGUGUAUGGUACCUUUAUUGAGCUGAUUCCCAAUGAGAAGAUAAAACAGCACUGGAGAUUCAAAACAUGGCCAGAGGGACACUACUCCGAAGUGAACAUAGAGAUCGAUCAGAAAGAUGACUGCACCGAAGUGAGGCUGACCCAGACAGGAAUUCCCAAGAACGACCUGGACAGGACAAAGGAAGGAUGGAAGAAUUAUUACUGGCAGAACAUGAAGAGAGCUUUCGGAUUCGGAGCCAUUCUGGUUUGACCCCGGCACCCCGAAUAGACAGUGGAGCCCAUCUCCUUUCCGGGUCGGGUCAACCCCUUUAGGCUUAGCCAUUUUUGUACAUUUGCCGUAACAAUAUUUAAUUGGACCGAACCACACCUAGAUUCCAGUUUACAUAAAUCUCUCAUUUAUUUAUGUACUUAGUCUGCAUUGCUCCCACACUUUCAUUUCGUUGCACACUUUGGUCUCUCUAAUGAGUAUCGCCUUCUCAAAUCGUCACAAUCCUUUGUAAAAAAAGUAAGACAAAUGAAGUUCUGGAUGUAUAUCAUCAUUUGAAAAAUAAAAUUUAGUGGGAAGUUCUAAGUGAUAAUUGUGUCUGGUAUUUUUAAUGAUAACAGUAUAUGUGAUACUCAAAAUGGUAACAGAAGUGGGAUGGAUGAAGUUUGGAGAAAUGAAAAUUGGAAGGC